AUCAGUCACAAUCUUACAGGCAGUGCUGUGAGCAACCUUGCUUUGGGGUCCGGAAUGAAAUAAGCGGAAGAGCCGACAGACGGAAGACUCGGCGGAAGCGGUCUGUCAGGGAAGAAACAUUUGCAGAAUUUGACACAAAGAAGCCUAAGGAUCUAAAAAAAAAUAUAUAUUUCGAUUUAAACGUAUUCCCCAGUCCGCUGAAAUGAUUCUGCUAGAAAUCAACAACCGGAUUAUAGAAGAGACGCUGACGUUGAAAUUUGACGGUGCAUCCAAUGGGACUAAACCAGAGGCAGUGGAGGUGACAUUUGCAGAUUUCGAUGGUGUCCUCUACCACAUCUCCAACCCCGAUGGGGACAAGACCAAGCUGAUGGUCAGCAUCUCCCUUAAGUUCUACAAGGAGCUGCAGGAGCACGGAGCUGAUGAGCUGCUGAAGCGGGUCUAUGGGAACUUCCUGGUUUCACCCGAGGCGUGCUACAACGUGUCCCUGCUCUUUGACCUGGAUGCGGUCCCGGCCAACAAGGAGGAAGUGAUCCACCAGGCGGGCAUGCUGAAGAGGAACUGCUUCGCCUCGGUGUUUGAGAAGUACUUCAAGUUCCAGGAGGAGGGCAAGGAGGGAGAGACGAGGGCCGUGGUCCACUACAGAGACGACGAGUCCAUGUAUCUGGAGGCCAAGAAGGACAGAGUGACAGUGGUGUUCAGCACUGUGUUCAAAGACGACGAUGAUGUCAUCCUUGGGAAAGUGUUCAUGCAGGAGUUUAAGGAGGGUCGGCGAGCCAGUCACACUGCCCCCCAGGUUCUAUUCAGCCACCGGGAGCCGCCCCUGGAGCUGAAGGACACUGACGCCGCCGUUGGAGACAACAUCGGCUACAUCACCUUCGUCCUGUUCCCACGUCACACCAACGCCAACGCCAGAGACAACACCAUCAACCUCAUCCACACCUUCAGGGACUACCUGCACUACCACAUAAAGUGCUCCAAGGCCUACAUCCACACACGUAUGAGGGCUAAGACUUCUGACUUCCUCAAGGUGUUGAACAGGGCUCGACCUGACGCUGAGAAGAAGGAGAUGAAGACCAUGUCGGGCAAGACAUUCUCCCGCUGGGUGGUCCACACGCGCACUCUGACCCCUGGACACGUCCCCAUUCGUGCCACACUGAGACUCGACUCCACAUUGGACUGGAUCACAGGCCCAUAAAG